AUGUCGGUAUCGCUCGCUCGCGAGACAGGAGCCCAUACUCCAACAGCCUCCAUCUCGAAGUGUGCCCAAAAGUGCUCCGAGUCUUUUCAACAUUGCCUCAAUGGCGCUAGUAAGUUAGACAAGCCUUACGCUCCUUGGCCGGUAGUCCGAGUCGAGGAUCAACUCGCCCGAUUUCAACUUUGGACAGCCAACAUCCGCGUCUUCAGCACUGGCCGCGACUCUUUGGAUUAUAGACUCAGAGAUGCCUCGGAUGUUAAAACACCUAUCAUCGGCCUGUUGCAGGCACUGGACUUUCGGAUCAAGACUGGUUCGCAGAUCUUCGACUCAAUGAUUCAAAGUCAAGAUAGAAAAUCCAUCGACGAGGCUAUCGAGGAAUUCGUCCAGACUCUAAACGCAGUGUCGACCGAGAUCACCUUACUGCACAAAAUCACAAACACGAUACGCCGUGCUAGUAAAGAAACGCAGAAUAGUCGAGCGGCCGAAAGGUUCAAGAUCAAAGAUGACGAAGGCAAUGACGUGGGGCCCUUCAUCCACUCUGUCUUCUUGAAUUAUAUAAACGACAGGUAUCAUGUUGCCAGCGAAGAGAUCCGCAAGCGCCUUGCAAGCUCAAUGGUUCUUCGACGCAAAAGGUUACUUGAUCGUCGAGAGCGCUACGGAAAAAACCCAAUACAUCUCCCUCAAACAACAACUGGCCCGGGCAUCUCACAUCCUGAGUCAGAAAUCAUGACGACGCUGGGCGAUGCUGAAAGGCCUGCGAAGAAAAGGAUCAUCGCAGCACCAUCACAUAGUGCCAUGCAUUCCGCUGACACUGCGACGACGUUUUCACCCGAGGGUUACAAGAAGGCUGCAGCCCCAUCAAUACUGUCAAUAUCUAAAACAGUCACGUUGAGCGAUGAGGACGAACUUAUAUUUCCUCCUGCCCCCAACGGCGCUUUUAUGCAAAGGUACAAUAGGGCGAAGCAGGAUAUCGAAGAUAGGCACAGACAGAGGCUAUCUACUAUCGAUAGUUACUAUGAAGGUGUCGACAUGACUGCCAUAGCUCCUGGAGAUGUUCGGGCUAUUAUUGAUGCUGGAGCUGUACGGGACAGAGCAUUGGCUAAGGCCUGGGAUGAUUGCCUCAAGGCAGUGAGCGAAGCCACCUGCCCAUAUUGUUUUCAUGUGCUACCAAUUAGUGAAGUCAUCGACGAGUUAAAAUGGAAAUAUCAUGUCAAGAACGAUCUUGAACCUUACGUCUGUUUAUUCGAGGCUUGCCACACGUCUGGACAUUUGUAUACUGACAGCAACACAUGGAUAAAUCACAUGUCGCAGCAUACUUUACGAUGGCGCUGUGCAUCGAAGCGGCAUGGCGAAUUUUUGGCUGACUCCAGAGACCAUUACCUUCAUCAUAUGAAGCAUAGCCAUCCAGGCAUGUUUACUGACGAUCAACUCGGGAUACUGGCUGAUCAGAAUGUUCGUAAGACUGGUCCACUGUUCGAGGCUUGCCCGCUCUGCGGUGAAGAGAAAGGAAGUUCUUCCCUGAUCGAUCACCUGGUCGGCCACAUGCGAUUCUUGGCCCUUAAAUCGCUGCCACCUCAUCAAGAAGAUAGCGAUGAUUUGAGUGAAAGUGGCGAGCAACAGAAUAGCUGGAGCUCAUCUCGGCCCACCAUCAGAAGCACUAUCGAGAACGAUUCCGUGGACGAUUUCACGUUCUCAUUUACUGGUGUCCCGGGCCGACUUCCUGAAGGGUUUUUCACUUUUGGUCAUUAA